AUGUACAAAACGAAGGUGCAAGAGUUAUGCCAGCGACGGUCAUGGCCUUUGCCCAUAUACGACAACAUCCAAGAAGGCCCCGAUCACAACCCUCGCUUCACCUCCACCGUCACCGUUAACGGCGUCUCCUUCCAAACCCCUUCCCCCACGCGGACCGCCAAAAACGCCCAAAACGACGCAGCCAUGCUUGCCUUCCUCCACUUCUCCCCGCCAUCACCUUCGCCGUCGCCUCCUUCUUUUCCCCAACACUCUCUCUCCAUUUCCGCUUUCUCUUCAUUCCCUCAGCCUUCGCUUUACGCCUCGUCUGCCGGACCUACAGGUGCACCUGAUCCCAGCACUGUUGUUGAUUACAUACUUCAUGGCAUGCAUCACACAAAUGGAGUGUUGCAACCGGAAGAAGUUCCCCCAUUUGUUUCUCUGCUAUUAGAAGUUUCUGCCGCCAUUGCAGUGAUUGGUGCGGCCAACAUACUGUUGGCUACACACAGCCUCAAUCAUAAUAUGUUACAUUUGUACAAGAGCCAGCUGCAAAGCUUUGUUCAAAAGAAAAGUCUAAGUCUUCCAGUAUAUUCUUCUGAGUGGGAGGGUCCUCCUCAUGCCACACGUUUCAAGUGCAAAGUCACUGUUGAGGGACAUACCUAUGAAAGUGACAAAUUCUAUUCUACAGUGAAGGAUGCUGAACAUGCAGCCGCUGAAGCUGCUUUAAUGUCAUUAUCACCAGGCGGAGGUCAUGCUGGAUUAUACAAAAAUCUUUUACAAGAAUUGGCUCAAAAGGAAGGAUUUCAAUUACCCAUUUAUAGCACAAAUAAAUCGGGUGAAGCUCAUUCGCCAAUAUUUGUAUCACAAGUAGAGGUAGAAGGGGAGCUUUUCACGGGGCAAGAAGCUAAAUCCAAGAAGCAGGCAGAGAUGAGUGCAGCCAAGGUAGCUUAUAUGGCUUUGAAAGAAAGCAAAGGUGUAAUAUCAUUCAAGCUUAGGAUGGUUUUAGACCUAUUCUAUGGUGAAGAAAGGAGUCCUUUGGUUGACAAUUUGUGUAGUGGUAAGAGAGGGCAACUAGAACAAUAG